AUGGGACCGGACUAUGCAGACGUUGCCCUGCCGCUAGUUGAUCUUACGCGUAAAGACGUUGGUUUCGUAUCGACAGAGCUUCACACGCAAGCGGUGCGGCAGCUCAAACAGCGCUUAAUCGACUUCACUACAUUACAAGUCCCUGACACCACCAAACCCUUCGAGUUAUACAUGGACGCCUCUGGUUAUGCGAUCGGAGCAGUUCUGGAACAAGACGGCAAGCCCACCCGCUUCCUCAGCCAAGUCAUGAACCGUGCACGACAGAGAUACUCGAUCUACGAUCAGGAACUCUUGGCGUUGGCCACGGCUCUAGACAAGUGGUCGCACUUGCUCCGUGUUUCCAAGCCUUACCUGCACAUCCGCGUUCAUGGACUGUGGCGCAUCUGCGUCCCACAAUUCCCUGAGUUCCUUACUCACGUUCUGCAUUCACAUCCCGACCAUGUCACAGCCGGCCAUCGAGGCCAGAAGAAGACCUUUGCGGCUCUCAGCAAGCACUACUACUGGCCAGGAAUGCGCGCCUACACUACUGCUUAUGUUGAGUCAUGCACUCACUGUCGAGCGUCAAAGUAUCUUAACCAGAAGCCUGCAGGCCUUCUUCAACAGUUGCUCAUCCCUUCUCGUCGAUGGGCGCACAAGUCAUUCACAGCAGCAGACACCGUGGAGCUUCUGGCAGACCGUCUUAUCCGCUAUCACGGAUUUCCAGAGGUGCUCAUAUCGGACCGCGACCCCCGUAUCCAGUCGGAUCUUUGGAACCAACUCUGUCGCCACUUUAACAUCAAACGGUGCAUGUCCUCGUCCUACCAUCCCCAAAGCAACGGCCAAACUGAACAGGUGAACCGCACACUGGAGCAGAUGCUUCGUACCUAUAUCAAAUCUGACGAACGCGAGUGGGAGCGUUUGCUUCCGGCCUUGGAACUUGCCUACAACACAACAAGUCAUUCAUCCACUGAACUCUCUCCUUUCGAGGUCAUGAUCGGAGAGAACCCGUUGACUGCUGCGGACCUUGAUAUCGUAGGCGUGUUAGCUCCUACGCUCACUCCUCCGAUGACUAAGCUUUUCCGGCAGCUCUGCGACAAAGCACAGAGUCACAUCCUGAAGGCAAAAUGGCAGCAGAAGUUCUACGCAGACACCAAGCAUCGAGCAGUGGAGUAUGCGGUGCGAGACAAGGUCUGGCUCAGCAGCAAGCACCUACCGCCUUUCCGCAGCUGCCCUAAGUUCGAACCCCGUUACCGCGGACCCUUCGCAGUCAUCGAACGCAUAGGAACUGUCGCUUACCGUCUCGCUCUGCCUCUCACUUAUGAAUGCCAUAACGUUUUCCACGUUUCGCAGCUAGUUCCCCACCGCCCCCGCCCUCCCGCUUUGGUUCCCCCGGCAGCCGACGCCGCCUGA